AUGAGACUCCGCCUGCCUCUCCAGGGAGGCAGAUUCGCCACCAUCGUCAGCGCCUACGUUCCCCCUAUGACCAGCCCCGACGCCGCAAGAUACAAAUUCUAUGAGGACCUGCACACCCUCCCGGUGACUGUGACGAAGGCGGAUUAUUUGAUUGUCCUUUGUGACUUCAACGUCCGAGUCGGCACAGACCAUGAUGCCUGGAGAGGAGCGCUGGAUCCCCACGGUUUCGAUGGAUCCAAUGACAAUGGCAUACUCCUUCUACAAACCUGCACACAACACCACCUCAUCCUGACCAACACCUUCCACCUUCCAACGCGAGAGGAGACCACCUAG